AUAGCUUCAAUCGGUGCUUCAAUCGGUGCUGCCUCUCCACUGCUACACGAUCGGGUGCUGCUGUCCACUGCUUCGAUCGAUGCUGCUUCGAUCAGUGCUGCUCUCCACUGCUACACGAUCGAUCGGUGCUCCUCUCCACUGCUACACGACCGAUUUGGUGCUGCUCUCCAUUGCUGGUCUCCAUUGCUACACGAUCGGUACUGUUCUCCAGUGCUACACUCCAAGGCUUCGAGUUUUCGCUACUUCUACACCAUUGUUGUUGCUGGACUGAGGGUUUGGAGGGCUGGACUGUGGAG